CCCUGCUACGGACUCUACGUCGUGUCGGCUACGAAUCGCUCGAUCGCGUCCCCAAUACAUUACACAAUUUUAUCUGUGUCCAUAAUCGUGUUAGUGUUUAUUUAAAUUAUCAUUUUAAAAAACUAGUGUUGUGUUUUACGUGACUGUUUUUUUUUUCUGUUAUUUUUUUUUUUUAUUUGUGUGGCUUCACAAAGUUGCUGGACAGAUACUAAACUGAAUACCAAACCAAUGACUUGAGACCACCGAAUUCCACCAUGACGUGUCCGUUUCGCCGAGCGUCCUCCCAACAUCAGUUCGCCAAUGGCAGUGGAUCCAGUACAAAGAAAUCAGAAUUUAGAUCCCGACAGUCCUCGGUACACCUUCCAGGACCUGAAGAGGAAGAUGGAGAGAGAAACACCCUCACACUCAAAAACUUGAGUGAAGCACUCCAACUUCUCACAGCACCUUCGAACGAGUGCUUACACGCAGCAGUGACGGCUCUAACAAAAAACCAGGCGGAACACUAUGACAAAUACCACUGUUUGGUCGACUUCCAGCCCAAUCCAAUAUGGCUAACAAUAUCCAGGUUUUUUAUGCGGAUCUACACAAGUAAAACAAGAGGAAAACUUAAACGAAGACUUCCCGACGACGUAAAAACUUUUAGGAAUUACGCGUACUUGCAGGAAAUUUACGACGCGGUACGGGCUACUGACAGUGUUAGCACUAAGGACUUUAUGUCAAAAUUAGGAGAAUAUUUAAUUUUAACGGCAUUUUCACAUAAUUGUCGACUUGAGAGAGCGUUUAAAUGUUUAGGCACCAAUUUGACUGAAUUUCUCACCACAUUAGACAGCGUGCAUGAUGUUUUACAUGAUCAGGAUGAUGCUCUCAAAGACGAAACAGUGGAGUAUGAAGCAAAUUUCGUUUGUACCACGUCACAAGAGGGAAAGAUCGAGCUUCAUUUAACGACAGAGAGUGAACCUGUCGCCUACCUCCUUGUCGGCAGCUUGAAAUCCAUAGCAAGGCUGUUAUAUGACACACAGACGGACAUAAGACUGACGAGUUAUACUAACGAUCCUAGAAGAUUUAAGUACGAAAUAAACGCGGUACCUUUACAUCAAAAGUCAAAAGACAGCGAUUGUGAGCAAUCAGAAGCAUCGAGUAUUGCUACUUCGACAAAAGUGACGGACUUGAAGAUCGGAGUCGCUAGCUUCUGCAAGGCAUUCCCUUGGCAUUUCGUCACUGACAAACGACUGGAGCUCGUGCAAUUGGGUGCUGGUUUCAUGCGACUCUUCGGCACCUACCUAGCGUCUCACGGUUCCUCGCUCGGCACCUACUUCAGAUUGCUGCGACCAAGAGGUGUACCUCUCGACUUCCGUGAGAUCCUCAAGAGAGUCAAUACUCCUUUCAUGUUCUGCCUGAAGGUUCCUGGGUCUUCAUCACCAGCUGAGGGUCUGGAGAUCAAAGGUCAGAUGGUGUUCUGUUCCGAGUCAGACUCUCUCCUGUUCGUGGGGUCACCAUUCCUGGAUGGACUCGAAGGUCUCACUGGCAGGGGUCUCUUCAUAUCAGAUAUACCUCUGCAUGAUGCCACGAGAGAUGUCAUUCUGGUUGGCGAACAGGCUCGAGCGCAGGAUGGGCUCCGCAGACGCAUGGAUAAGCUGAAGAACUCAAUAGAAGAAGCCAGCAAAGCGGUAGACAAGGAGAGACAAAAGAACGUCAGUCUUCUGCACUUAAUAUUCCCACCCCAUAUAGCCAAGAGACUGUGGUUAGGUGAGAAGAUUGAAGCGAAGAGCCACGAUGACGUCACAAUGCUGUUCAGUGACAUAGUUGGUUUUACAUCAAUAUGUGCUACUGCUACUCCCAUGAUGGUGAUCGCUAUGCUUGAAGACCUAUACAGCGUGUUUGAUAUCUUCUGUGAGGAACUUGACGUUUAUAAGGUGGAAACAAUAGGCGAUGCGUACUGCGUGGCUAGUGGAUUGCAUCGUAAAAUUGAGACUCAUGCGCCACAGAUUGCUUGGAUGGCGCUACGCAUGGUUGAGACUUGUGCUCAGCAUUUAACGCAUGAAGGAAACCCAAUAAAGAUGCGUAUAGGUCUUCACACUGGAACAGUACUAGCUGGAGUCGUCGGGAAGACCAUGUUGAAGUACUGCCUAUUUGGACACAACGUCACGCUUGCCAACAAGUUCGAGUCUGGCUCCGAACCUUUGAAGAUCAACGUCAGUCCGACUACUUAUGAGUGGCUAAUAAAAUUCCCGGGCUUUGAGAUGGAGCCCCGGGAUCGUUCGUGUCUACCAAAUUCGUUCCCAAAGGACAUCCCGGGAACGUGUUAUUUUCUUCACAAGUAUUUACACCCGGGCACCGACCCUGCUGCCUCCCAGGUCAAACAUAUACAGGACGCCUUGAAAGAUUUCAACAUUGGUCAGACGAAACCAGAUGACAUAGAAAACGACGAAUCGAGUGGAGCAACUGAAUCUCAGAAUUAAAAUUCCAAAAUCGAUAAUUGUAAAUACUUCUCUCAUAAAUCGCUUUAUCCAAAGAAUUUGUUUCAUGUAAAAAUGACACUUAAAUGUUUUAAUACUCUUAGAUUUUAAGCGUUUUUCCUUUGACGUGGUUAGUUAAGAAUUUUGUGGCUAUGUUGUUGAAACUGAUUGCUUUUCUGUUAGUUGUAAUUUAGUGCUAAUGAUAAUUACGAUGAUACUGCGUACGUGUAUACAAGUUAUGUAUAGCGCAUUUUAAUUCACUAAUAGUGACAUUAUUGUAAUGUUUCUGUGUAUUAUAAUAAUUUUGAAAUCUGUACCUGUGGAUAUUAUUAGGUAUUUAGAUGUGUUUCUCUUAAGAAUUAAUUUAAUUUGUCUUUGUGCUUUUGAAAACAAAAAUGUCUGUCGCAAAUAGAACUAUCUUUUUCUAAAUCUGUUUUAAUGCUUGAGAGUUGCAUAACCUAUGUCUAAAACGUUAAGUUGCAUUUCAGUUAUCUCUCUAUCUAUUUACUUUAUAAUAAUACUUCAUAAAAAUGACUCUAUUUACUAAAGUAAAGGAUGUUCAUAUAAAUCCCAUAAAAAUUUAGUCCUAACUCAUAUAAUCCGUAGUUCACAUAACAAUUUCAUAUUUGUACCAACACAUUUUCAUAUAGAAGUAAUUUUUAGUGAUCUGUGUGAAGCUUUACUAUGUAAUCUUAAGAAAUAUGUACAUAAAGUUGAACCUGGGAUAAUUACGACUUACAUAGGUAGUAAAGCGAGGCUGUAGAUAAAAAAUAUUGUAUAUUAAAUACGUGUUUUGCUUCUAGAUAUAACUCGUUCAGUAUAAUAGAAAAAAACAUUAUAAGUACAUAUAAAAUUUGAAUUCAUAAUAGAAAAUAGUUGGAACAGAUUUGUAGCAUUUUUUCCCAAUUUUGUAGUUAUUUUUUCGGCUUAGUAAUAUCGGCUUAUUUAAAAAAAAAACACAGAAAUGUUUUGUGAUUUUUAGCGAAGUUCGAUUCUAAAUUCAAUUUGUAAACUGUCAUUUCUAAUUUCGAAUAUAGCUAACUGACUUUUCGUGUUCUCCAUUUUGAUUUUAUUUCAAAUCAUUGUCACAUUUAUUUCUUUUUCUAAUUCCCAUCUCGAUGCUAAGAUUUUUGAUGAGAAACUUUUUAUACUACCUAUAUUUUAAUUUGUAAUAUUUAUAAUGUAGUGGUAAGUAAAUAAUGUAUAUUAAACUUCUGAACACUAUACAUACUUACAAAGAAGCGUAUGUUCUAAAAUAGUUAAUGUGCUUACUGCGUACCUUGAAUACUGUUAGGUAUUGUAAUUAAUUAAAUAAAUAAAUAAAUAAAAAUAUUUGUUUUCAUGGGUGAUUCAUCAACUCGUCCCUCCUACGGCCCAUUUGGGACGACUUGCAGAAAAUCAAAAUAAAUAUUAUUUUCAUUCUGCAACUCGUCCCACGUUACUUUUUGGGUGGGAUUUUAAACUUUAUAAUCGUUUGGUACAGUCAGUUAGACAAGAUAAUUUUAGUAAUAUUUUAUAGUUAAGUAUAUUUCAAUUCGUUUUGUUCAUAGAUUGUUCAAUGAAUGAAAAUAAUAUUUAUUUCGAUUUUCUGCAAGUCGUCCCAAAUGGGCCGUAGGUGGGACGAGUUGAUGAAUCACCCGUUUUCAUAUCUUUAUCAAAAGCUAUAACACUGCGUUCAAGAUUACGGGUAAAUUAGAACUCAUUUUAAGAACCGAAGAACCAAGUAAAUAGGUUCAAAAUUAUGUCUAAAAUAACUUCGUAAGUCAACUCUAUUUUCCGGAGCUGCGGACAACCUAGCGGGUUUACCGGGGCUCCGGCUCGACGGGCAGGAGUAGGAACGGGGUGGUUUUUAGUCAGUAAGAGUCUGACACUCCCUCUCGCCUCGCCCAAGGCGGGAGAAGUCAUUGGAUGAUUUUCCACCCUCAAAAAAAAAAAAAAAAAAGUCAACUCUAUUUAGGCGCUUUAUAAUAUAAUGUACACUAUCAAUACAUUGAAUGGUUGGUUCUCAUUAAAAAAGGCAUAAUACGACCAAUUUGUAAUGUCAUAUUUCAUAUAUACUUUUGACUUUACGCUAUAUAUCUCUAUGAUGUAUAAAUAAUAUACUAGAAUGUUCUACAGAUUCUCUAUAUAUACUCACAGGCUAUUUAUGUACUCAAUAUUCUAUUAUAUAUAUAGCCAUAUACAUUCCACAUUGAAAAAAAAACGUUUAAAUUUUUGCAGUGUUGUGAUUUAGUGUAUUAGAUUAAAUUAUGUAAUAUAAACCGUUUGUUUGUUAAGAUAAAGUUCAUAUUGCUAUGCUUGAAAGUGUUUGCGUCACAUAUCGCAUAGGUUACAUUUAACUCUCAUCUAGUCACUAAUUGUAAGUAAUUUUAGUGUUCUGUUAUUUUAUUAUAUGACUCUGCAUGGGACAAAAAGCA